AUAUGGUCUGAGGCGCUCCUUGUGCCUCUCGGUCUUGAAGUGAAGGAAUACAGGGGCUCCGGGAAGACGAUGACGACGACUCUGCAGGUUCGCCAUUUCUGUUGUUUGUUUACGUGUAAACUUCCGUCGUCACCAUCACCAUGUGGAGCUGGCCCGUUGAGGCUCUUCUUUUCUUCCCCGGGCCUCUCCCUCCACCGCCGUUGCGGGCGUGGGCAGUGGUACCCGAGGGCUAGACCGCUUUCAGCCUCGUCGUCAGCGCCGGCGUCGCAGGACGGAGGUUCGUUCUUCGCAGCUGAGAACGUUUCAUGGAAGUCCCUUGGCGUCUCCGACCAGCUCUGUCUCGCACUCUCCGCCGCCGGUUUCCAUAGGCCUUCCCUGGUUCAGGCAUCUUGUAUACCUUUAAUAACUUCUGGAAAUGAUGUUGUAAUUGCAGCUGAGACUGGUAGUGGUAAAACUCAUGGAUAUCUAGUUCCACUAAUUGACAAGUUAUGUGCCUCGUGUGAUACCGCUGCAGCUGCAGCUGAUCAUGGAGCUACGCCAUUGCCACGGAAGUUUUCACUUGUUCUCUGCCCAAAUGUGAUGUUAUGCCAACAAGUUGUUAGUAUGACAAAUUGUCUGCAAAACAUGGAUGGCAGCCCACUUUUAAGGGCAUCGGCUGUUUGUGGAAACCAAGGUUGGCCAUUUACCCAGCCGGAUGUUCUUGUUUCCACUCCUGCUGCCCUUCUGAACAACCUCUUUGCUUUUGACCCAAAAAGGCGUCGUAGAACGGCAUUUCUCCGAGAUGUCAAAUAUGUGGUGUUUGAUGAAGCAGACCUCCUCCUAUGUGGAAGCUUUCAGAAUCAAGUGAUCCAAUUGAUUAACAUGUUCCGGUAUGAGGAAAAGUCACUUUCUAAGAAAGAGAAUUUCCUGAUUGGAAGGGAAAAUAAAGAUGAAGUAAAGUCUUGGGUGGACUUUAAGCCUGAGGACUGUAAUGAGCUGGAGCCUGUUUGCUCUACAGAAGAUGUAGAUGCUGAAGUUAAUGUUGAUGGUGAAAGUUUUGAGGAGGAGCUCACAACUGAAAAUACUCGUAAGAAAGAUUGGUUGAGGAAUAGGAAAUCAUACAAGCGUAGUAAGCAGUACAUCUUUGUUGCUGCUACCCUUCCAGAAAGUGGGAAAAGAACUGCUGGUGGAAUACUAAAACGAAUGUUUCCUGAUGCCAGUUUUGUUAGUGGGAGUUUCCUCCACUGUCACAACCCAAGGUUGGAGCAAAGAUGGAUGGAAGUUACAGUUGACAACCAAGUUGGUGUGCUUAUAGAGUCUGUGAAAAGAGGGCUUUCAUCAAGCAGCUCUGUGGCUUAUGGAAAACCUAGAACAAUGGUGUUUGCAAACACUGUGGAUGCUGUGGAAUCUAUAGCCAAAAUACUAGCCAAAGUUGACAUUGAUUGUGUGACCUACCACAGUAAUAGUUCUCUUGAGGAGCGAGGAGAGAACUUGAUACAUUUCCAGGAAAGGGGUGGAGUACUCGUCUGUACUGAUGCUGCUGCACGUGGUCUUGACAUACAGAAUGUCUCUCAUGUUAUUCAGGCCGAGUUCGCAACUUCAGCUGUCGACUUUUUGCAUAGAAUUGGACGUACAGCGAGAGCAGGUCAACCAGGAGUUGUUACGAGCUUGUAUACAGAAGCCAACCGAGAUCUUGUUGCUGCUGUCCGUCAAGCAGGGAAGCUGGGACAACCAGUGGAGAAAGCAUUUAGCAGAAAAAGGAGUUUCAGGAAUAAAAUUAAGAAGGGCAAGCAUCUCGACAUUAUGGAAGCAAGUGGAGUAUGAGAACAUCUUUUACAUGCUACUCUAGUUUGUAAUGGGAUUUUAGUUUCUGUAUCUGAUCACAGGGAAUCAUAUAGGCCUUCUGCCACAGGUGGUGGUCCCUUUUUACCCUUCACGACCAUUAAACCCAUUGCUGCAAUGAUAAGGACUGCUGACUGUAAAAAGCUCGUCAGGAUGAACUACCUGCCGUUGCUUUUUUUUGUUUAUCCCCAGCAGUGGCCUCAUGAAUAGCUCGUUGUUCUUUAAUAUUAUGUAAUUUACUUUCAUAAUCUAAGUAGAAGUCACUCCUUUUUUCUGGCACCAA